ACAAGGGAAGCCGUCCGCGUCCGCUUCCGACCUCGGCCCCUGCAGCACCGCCGCUCCGCCUGCGUUCCGUUCCGUCUCCUCUUCUUUAUUCCGCAGCCUCCCCGCCUUUUUAUCUCCUGCCUGCACCCACCGCGGCUGACGUCGACGCGCAUCCACCGCCGCCCUCCUCAUCUCCUCCUCCUUGGAAUUGGCAAGUCCCUUGCAACCACAAAAGCUGUUAGCGCCGGUGCCAGUAUCUUUCCUCUGCAUCUAGACCACCAUUCUGCUGUUCCUGCGCCAGCCAACUCCUCAACCUGCAGACGGAUAGGGAGCCCGGACGUCACCUGCACUCUGCUGCCACAGGUCAGCCGAUGAUUCCUGCAACGUCAAUUCUUAUUGGUUCGGUGGUUCAUGGUGAUGCGAUGAUCCGAGUGUUUUUCACUUUCUUGCUAGGAAUAAGUUCUGCUUGCUAUUGUUGUGUUUGUGCUCAUGGUAAUUUGGAUCGGUGCUGUUGCUUCGCAUUCUAAGGGGAGUUUGUGGGGUCGUUCCCAUGGGGAUCGAUGUAGCAUCGCUGCUCUUGAAUUGCUCCCGUUUCAACAUGAUUUCCUCUCUCAACGCACCGUUUAGCCAGCAUGUAGUUUCCGAAUGAAUCGCCAUGGAUCUGGCUACUGGGUCUGUUCUUCACUUGCUGUGGUUAUACAUGUUCCUUUUUCUUUUACUUUCUUGGUGCAGUUGUUGACGGGAUGCAUGCACAAAUCUUUUCUUUGUGGACGUCAAAUGUUGCUGUUUUAUUUCUUUAUGUUUGUGGCAAGGAAACCAAACGUUUCUUGACAGCUACCUUUCGGUAAACUGCAAGUCAUAACUUCUUAAGAUCAUCCUAGUUUCCUGAUACGAGGUUCCUGAUGCGAUCCUGGUUUUCCCUGUUUGUGAAUCUGCAUCCCAUUUGAGACAGGUGCGUUCUAUUGCGUGCGAUUUUACAUUUUGUCAAUUGUUCUACCAUUAAUUUUGAUACGAAAUGUAAUUGACCGCACAAUAUUAGAGUAGAAGAAACUUCAGGAUGUUGCUUCAAUCUUACACAACAAUAAUCGGAUCGGCCAAAAUGUUGAGUGCACCUAAUGAAAAGCUGAAAGGCUAACGGCGCCUUGUUUGCGGGCAAGGUGUGUUAGUGCUAUGCUUGGCUUCUCAUUUUUUUUUGAAAGUAGUGCUAUGGUUAACUAGAUCCAAAACAUUGAUACGAGUGUAGGUUACGAUUUCUAUACAUCGGUUUUGGAGAACCAUCUGACCUUGGUAUUGACUGACAGUGUAAACCAUCAAACUUGGACUGAAUCCGUCUGUGCUUGGCUUGUUGAACCCUAUAGAAACGCUGCUCGCUUCGAGCUACUGAUUGGAUCAGAAUAGAAAUAGAGAGUGCGCGAUGAUGAUAAGACAGAACCAAAUCUACAUGUAAACACUUAACUUUAUCAGUAGCAUAUGAUGCUGCCUCUUAGGUGUGGAGCCUGCAUAAUUUAAGAAAAGUUCCUCCAAGUUGCUGCCCAAAUCGAGCAAUGUUUCCCGAUCCUAUCGCACUUCUCUCUGUGUUUGUGUCAAGCCCAUAUGGUCUGCGAGUAUGGAGCCUGUACGAUUCAAGGAAAAAAAAUCCUUGAGAUAGUCGUUGAGAAACUUAUUCCUUGUUUCCCGAUCUUAUCUCAAGGUGUAACCAACCAUUAUCUUUGCUUUCUGUUAUUGUCUUCUCUGAUCAGUAGAUAUGAUUAAAAACAAGUCAUUUGCGGUGCUCAUCUCCGUUGAACAUCCGGUGUUAUAUACUCGAGUUAAUUCAUAAUUAUUUCGGUGUCUAUCAGUAGCUGAGUAGCCUACCCUGUCGUUGCCUGUCAAUUGCUCCUACAGGCAGGCUAUAGCAAUAAUUGAUUGACUAGGAUCAGACUGAGGAUUACGGUACAGAUGCACGCACGGCUAUAUUCUCCUCCUCCCUCCCUCCCCUCCUACCAGUUGUUGUGUGGUCAUCUCUGCUCCACUGAUCUUUUCUUGCUCGCUCCUUGACGGAGAACAGGAGUUAAUCCUGUCAUUGUCCAGUAACCUGCAUAGUUGUCCGAAAUCAAGCCCGGCAGGCAUGCAGCCUGAUCCGAUUGAGCAGCAGAAACUUUGAAUGCCUGGCACCUUCAUCUCAAGGCGAGGCAAUCAUGGACGCUGGGUGACAGCUACUACAGUCUACAGUCUUGACCUGCGUGGAGCCUGAUCGUUCCCACCAAGGACAUGUCUGUAUCAGGCCAACCGUGGUUGCCGGAUAAGGAAGGGUAACAUCAGACGGCAACAUCUUUCAAAAAAAUAAAACAUCAGACGACAAGAAGGCGCGGUGAAAAAAGAAGAUCUUUUGCGGAUACAGCAAGGGUGAUUGCGGUUAACGCACGUCUUCUUUGUCAGGUUACCAUCGGGCAUCGGACAUUUUUGGGCGCGAGCAGUAGCUGCCGUUGGCGUUGCUGUUUGCUUGUCUGGAGCGUGUACCUUGAAUUCGUGAUUAGGACCCUCUGGAUUUCGGAUAGGCUGUGCUGACUGCUGAGCAGCAUCUGACUGAUCCUGAGAGUUUCUGGACCCAUCAAUCCCUCCCGUCGCUACUCUCCUCUUGGGGAUUCGAUGGUCCUUCCUUUCGGUGACACUCUGACACCCCCACACGCACGUACAUCUAAUCUCGCACAUGACCCUGUACGGCGAGGCCGCAGAUGUGAAGUUACGUGGCCCGCUUUAUCCUUCUUUGUUUCGCUGCGGCCUCACCAGUCGCCUCGCACAGUCCGACCGUAUGUCCUGAUUGGUGCGAUGCGGCAUUCAAGUCGGCGCCCUGUGAUUGCUACAAAAGAGGAAGACAGCAAAGCCGGAGCGCCAGAGACCCACCAGCCUUGUGCUUGCGGAAAGCGCAUGAAGUAGGACAUGGAUCAGGCGCGCACGGCCGGCGCCGGCGAUGAACCGGCGAAGAGGAUCGUUGGCGGCGGGGACGCGCCGGCCGCGGGGGCGGCGGCGGCUGCAGGUGGCUGCUUCGACUGCAACAUCUGCCUCGAGUGCGCCGCGGAGCCGGUGGUCACGCUCUGCGGCCACCUCUACUGCUGGCCCUGCAUCUACGAGUGGCUGCGCCCCCACCCCGACGCGGGCACCGGGAGCUCGGCGAGGCGGCGGUGCCCCGUGUGCAAGGCCGCCGUGUCCCCCGACGCGCUCGUGCCGCUCUACGGCCGCGGCAGGAGCUCCCGCGCCAAGAAGCCGCCGCGCGGCCCGGCUAGCAGCAUCCCGCGCCGGCCGGCCCUGCGGCAGAGCGUUCAAGACAGCGGCAACGGCGGCGGCAACCACCACCACCGGAACGUGGAAACCGACGCGCCGGCCUGGGCACCACCGCAGGCGCGGCGCCAUGCCGACGCCGCGCAGUACGAUGCCCUCCUCCCACCGCCGUUUGGGGAUCGCGGGAUGAUGCACUCGACGGCCGGAGGGGUGCUCGGGGGCAUGGCGGUGGCCGUGCUGGCGUGGUUGCUCCGUGGGCAGCCGCAGCCGCCGGGCAUGUACUACUCGAGCCCGUACCACCUGAUGAACCCCAGGCAGAGACGGCGGCACAUGGAGGUCGAAAGAUCUCUGCAUCACAUAUGGUUCUUCCUCUUCGUGUUCGUGCUGCUCUGCUUGCUCCUGUUCUGACCUCUGAAGCGCACACAACAAAGCUGCCAUGCGCCAUGUGCAGAAACAAGAGAGCCGAGUGGCUGACGUGCUCUGUACAUAGUAGAUGUGAAUGUAACGGAACUGUGGUGAUUGCAUGAUAGAGUUCAAGAUGAAAAUUGAAAACCAACAAUGACCACAGCUUUUGAUCCUAGAAAGAACACGGACAGGUUUUUUUUUUAAGGGAA